CAGUGAAGAUGGCGGCGGGCGGCGUCGCGUCCCCGCACUGAGCGCCACGAGCCCGGCCGCCUGUGCCCACACCCGGCAUGGCAGCCAAGGGGGCCCGGCAGCGGCCUCGAUGGGGCGGCGGGGAUUCGGCGGCGCCUGCCCGGCAGCGAGACGAGGGGCUUCCUCCGCCGCAGCCGCCCGCCGAGGAGACCAAAGCCGAAUCCUCAGGAACCAAAGCAGGUCAAGUUUGGGCUCCUGAAGGAUCAACGGCUUUCAAGUGUCUAAUCUCAGCCAGGUUCUGCGCAGCUCUGCUAAGUAACAUCUCUGACUGCGAUGAAACCUUUAACUACUGGGAACCGAUGCACUACCUCGUUUAUGGCAAAGGAUUCCAGACGUGGGAAUAUUCUCCUGUUUAUGCCAUUCGCUCCUAUGCGUACCUGUGGCUCCAUGCUCUGCCGGCCCUCUUCCAUGCUAGAGUUCUCCAAACAAACAAGGUCCUCAUCUUCUAUUUCCUGCGCUGCCUUUUGGCCUUCCUGAGUUGCGUUUGCGAGCUUUAUUUUUACAAGGCAGUGUGCAGGAAGUUUGGGCUUCACGUGAGCAGGCUGAUGCUGGCGUUCUUGAUACUUAGCAGCGGGAUGUUCUGCUCAGCCUCAGCCUUCCUUCCCAGCAGCUUCUGCAUGUACUGUACCAUCGUAGCCAUGACAGGCUGGUACAUGGACCGAACAUCAUUGGCAGUCCUGGGUGUGGCCGCCGGAGCCAUUGUGGGUUGGCCGUUCAGCGCAGCACUUGGCCUCCCAAUUGCUUUUGACUUGCUGGUCCUGAAAAGACGGUGGAAGAGUUUCCUGCAGUGGUCUUUGGUGUCUCUACUGGUGUUUCUGGUGCCCAUGGUGGCCAUCGAUAGCUACCACUAUGGGAAGCUGGUGGUAGCUCCUCUGAACAUCAUCUUGUAUAACAUCUUCACCCCACACGGUCCAGACCUUUACGGCACAGAGCCCUGGUCCUUCUACUUCAUCAACGGCUUCCUGAACUUCAACGUGGCCUUUGUCCUGGCCUUGCUGGCUUUGCCCUUGACCUGCCUAAUGGAGAGCCUUCUGCAGAAGUUUCGAGUCCAAAACCUGGGCCGCCCAUACUGGCUGACGCUUUCUCCCAUGUACAUCUGGAUCCUGAUUUUCUUCAGCCAGCCGCACAAAGAGGAGAGGUUUCUAUACCCCAUCUACCCCCUGAUUUGUCUCUGCGGAGCGGUGGGGCUCUCGGCCCUCCAGAAAUGUUAUCACUUCGUUUUCCAACGGUACCGUCUAGAGCAUUACACCGUCUCUUCCAACUGGCUGGCGCUGGGCACCGUCCUGGUCUUCGGCCUGCUCUCCUUCUCCCGCUCGGUGGCUUUAUUCAGAGGUUACCACGGGCCUCUGGACCUUUACCCAGAGUUCCACAGAAUUGCCACAGAUCCCACAAUCCACACCGUGCCCGAAGGCAGGCCGGUCCACAUCUGUGUCGGGAAGGAGUGGUACCGGUUUCCCAGCAGCUUCGUCCUUCCAGAGAACUGGCAGCUUCAGUUCAUCGCCUCCGAAUUCCGGGGCCAGUUGCCCAAACCGUUUGCCAAGGGCCCGGGGGCCACCCGCCUCAUUCCCACAGACAUGAACGAUCAAAACCGAGAAGAACCUUCCAGAUACUUCGACAUCUCCAAAUGCCACUACUUGGUGGAUCUCGACAGCCCCGACGAAGCUCCCCGGGAGCCCAGAUACGCGGCUAACAAGGAGGAGUGGAUCACGAUCGCUUACAAGCCUUUCCUGGAUAGUUUAAGAUCCGCAAGGUUUUUCCGGGCUUUCUACAUUCCUUUCCUUUCCGACCAACACACAAAAUAUAUGAACUACACCAUCUUGAAACCUCGGCGGGCGAAACUCGGCCGGAAGAAAUCGGGAGCCUAAAGGGGCCGGAGCAGAUCCCCGGCUUCCUCUUCGAAUUUUUUACGAUCCUUUUCCCCAGUUUGGCGAGUUCUGGCCUAAGAGACCUUAGAAAGAGACAGACAGACAGACAGACAGACAGACAGACAGACAGACAGACAGACAGACAGACAGACAGAAAGAAAGAAAGAAAGAAAGAAAGAAAGAACAAAAAACUUGCUGUGUUUCUGACAGUUUCCCAUUUUUUGACUGAUCCGUUCGGCAGGACACGGAAGAGAUCCGACGGUUCCUUUUCAAAAACACCCCCGGGGGAAAAAAAAUAUUUGCAAUAUUGCUCUUAAUUCUGGUUAAGGGAGCCAAAAGAGCAGACUGGAUUCCUGGCUGCAGAGCAGGGCUGGGCUGGACAGGGAUGCGGUGGGGGCUGGGGCCAUUUCCAAACACCCCCCAGCCCCCCAACUUCCCCUCCCUCCCACCCACCCCCACCUAUCUGUCCCCCCCCCCCGAGCAAACACGCCUUCAUCUGAUGCUUUGAGAGGCCUCGCCAGGCCACCACUAAAAAUGUCUGCGAAAAAAGAGCAAGCCUGAGCCGAAAUAAUUUGCACUUUGGAAAAUUGUGCUAUUCAAGCGAAACCCGACUCGUGGGAUGGGCAUUUUUUUCAAAAGCGCCGCCGUCUUUUCAUGCCCGCUUUUUUUCUCCCCAAAACAAAACUUUUUUUAGGAUUUUUCCCUUCCCGGGCUCUUCGCCGGGUUCUGGAUUUGUCUGGAAAACAUCUGGCUGGAUUGUGUUUCUGGAUCUGGGGAGGGGGAGCAUCCAAUGCUGAUUGUGUCUCCCUCCCCCCACCUCUUCCACUGUUUGGUUGUGAAAUAUCGUUUUGUUCCAUCCCACCCGAUCCGGGCUCUGUAAAACUUCAGUGUUGAUUAAAAAGAAAAUUGGC